GAGCUUCCUUGUUUUCCUUUCCCUUUUAUCAACACCACCUUUGCCCCACCCGGCCACAAGAACGAACCAACGCCACAACUCACACCAGCCAGAGUCAGACCCACCCCAUCGCCUCGCCCCGCCCCGCGAGUUGCUCAGUCGCAGCGAGCCAGGAGGCCACAAGAGCGGGGCGAGCGUUCCGGUUGGGGUCGCAGCCACCCAGCGCUCCUUCCAUUGAUCCAGAGAUCGACCGAGAGAUCGAUUCAUUCCGGGAAGAGAGAUCUCUCUUACGCGCGUGCGGGCGGCGGCGGCAAAUGCGGGUGGAGGACCGGUGAGGAGGCGGAGGAGCGAUGCAGCCGGAGCAGCAGCAGCAGCAGCGGAGGAAGGGUUCAUCGGACAUGGACUUCUUCAGUGAAUACGGUGAUGCUAACCGAUACAAAAUUCAGGAGGUCAUUGGCAAAGGGAGUUACGGUGUCGUUUGUUCAGCUAUUGACCAACAUACCGGCGACAAGGUGGCAAUAAAGAAAAUACACAAUAUCUUUGAGCACUUGUCUGAUGCUGCCCGGAUCCUCCGUGAGAUCAAAUUACUCCGGCUAUUGAGACAUCCUGAUAUCGUUGAGAUUAGGCACAUAAUGUUACCUCCGUCGAGGAGGGAUUUCAAGGAUAUUUAUGUUGUCUUUGAGCUGAUGGAUACAGACCUCCACCAAGUCAUCAAGGCCAAUGAUGACUUAACCAAGGAGCACCAUCAAUUCUUUCUAUAUCAGAUGCUUCGUGCACUGAAAUACAUUCAUACCGCUAAUGUUUAUCAUCGUGAUUUGAAGCCAAAGAAUAUAUUAGCAAAUGCUAAUUGUAAACUCAAAAUAUGUGAUUUUGGUCUAGCACGAGUGGCAUUUAAUGACACUCCUACGACUGUGUUCUGGACGGAUUAUGUUGCUACUAGGUGGUAUAGGGCUCCUGAGCUUUGUGGGUCUUUCUUUACUAAGUAUUCACCAGCUAUCGACAUAUGGAGCAUUGGUUGCAUUUUUGCGGAGAUUUUAACUGGGAAACCUUUGUUUCCUGGUAAAAAUGUAGUUCACCAGUUGGAUUUAAUGACUGAUCUCUUGGGUACGCCGUCGCUGGAUACUGUUUCCAGGAUUCGGAAUGAGAAGGCUAGGAGGUACUUGAGUAGUAUGAGAAAAAAACAGCCAGUAUCUUUUUCUGAGAGGUUCCCUAAAGCAGAUCCUGCUGCACUCAAACUUAUGCAGCGGCUUUUAUCAUUUGACCCCAAGGAUAGACCAACGGCGGAAGAGGCUUUAGCUGAUCCAUAUUUUAAAGGCCUUGGGAAGGUAGAGAGGGAACCAUCCUGCCAGCCAAUAACGAAACUGGAGUUUGAGUUUGAACGGAAAAAGGUUACCAAAGAGGACGUAAAGGAGCUUAUAUUCCGGGAGAUAUUGGAGUAUCAUCCUCAACUUCUCAAGGAUUACAUCAAUGGAACUGAAAAACCGAACUUCCUAUAUCCAAGUGCUGUUGACAAUUUCCGGAGGCAAUUUGCCAACUUGGAGGAAAAUGGAGGGAAGGGAGGAGCAGUUGUUUCAUCAGACAGGAAGCAUGUUUCGCUCCCCAGGACGACUACAGUACAUUCUACACCAAUUCCUCCGAAAGACCAAAAGCCUUCCCAAGUUCCCCAAAGAAUUCCAGCAGGUAGACCAGGAAGAGUGGUUGGUCCGGUAAUACCAUAUGAGAAUUCAAGCGCUAUGGAUCCGUACAGUCAACGAAGGGUGGCGAGGAAUCCAGUGCUUCCUGCAGCUGCGACCAAUUUAUCAGCAUACGCCUACCACCGAAAGUCAGACAGUUCAGAGAGGGAGUUACAGCAGGAGCUUGAAAAAGACCGCAUGCAGUACCAGCCUUUGCAGCGUUUCAUGGAUGCGAAGAUGGUCUCUCCCGACUUGAGGUCUACCUCCUAUUACAUUCCAAAGGGUGCUCCAAAAGGUGAUGUAGCAGAAAGGGCUGCGUUGCAGCCUAACAUGAUGCAGGGAAUUGCCCCGUUUAACGGCAUUGCUGCAGUCGGAGGUAGCUACAGUAAGGUCAGUGCUGCCCAGUACGGAGUCUCAAGGAUGUACUAGUGCAGUGGCUAUUUCCAAAAUGCUUGCUUACCUGAAGUAAUAACGUGGAAGAAUCGAAAUGCUUCCAAAGUUGCCCCAUGGGCCAAAGAUUCAGACAGUGGAUCGAUGAUCUCUGAUCGAGGAGGAAGUUGAUGUCUGCUAAAGAAAAGAAAAAACGAAGAUUCUGCAUGGACAACAUCCUGCCUGUUGAUCUGGCUGCCAAAUAAUGGAAUGACAUGGGCUAUUUGCUGCCAAGGGGGAGGCUGGGGUGAGAAGAUGAUGGGUGUCUAUGUACUCUGAAAGAAAGGAAACACGUGGGAAUAAUGAAAAUGGUGACUUCUGUACAUAAAUAACUUGAUUUUUCCUUAGUGCUACUGCCAGAGACAGCCGUCAGUUUUGUUUUAGAUUUGUGCACCGUGAUCUUUUUCCUUGGUUUGAAGCAGUUAUGCUUCUGUAGGAAUUCAGUGCUGUAAUACUUACUUAGUAUGUUUAGAUCUGUAACAGAAUAAUACAACCAAACUUUAGUAAGAUCGAAUGGUAGUGAACUGUUAGUUUUGUGGGCUGUUGGCUGAA